CUGGGCGGGAGAAUUUGUGUUUUUGUUGUUGUUGUGGCCCACUGACAUUAGAUAUUAAUAUUACCUUUCUGAUAUUAACAUUUUAAGACUACUUUUCGGUAUUGUAUUGGACAUUUGUAAAUGCAAAAGAAGCACAACAGAGUCAAGACUUCAAAAAUAUGUAAGCAAAGAAGAGUGUAAUGUAACCGACGAAUGGCGGUCUACUAACAAUAACGGAAAGGUUGAGACUGCAGCGAAGCAUCCGGCAGCUGUCUGCGGGUUUGUGAGCUUCACUGGCGGACACACAGUCUCUCGAAUCCCGGCGUGGACCGCAGUACGAUGUCGCAGGGCAAGGCCAAAAAGAAACUGCACUAUCUCCAAGAGGAAAAAUGGAAGUCUGAAUUUAAGGUAAAAGAUGUCUUUACCCUGCGUGGCAUUGACAAUUUAUUCGAUGAUAUUGAUGCUGACUCUGACCUGGGUUUGCCUCUGCUUUCUCCGUUGCUCAAGAGCGCUGAUGCAAUUGAGCACAAGAAAAGUAGGGGUCCAUCUAACCCAGAUAAGAUUAAGACUCCGUCUAUACAGGGACACAAGGAUGCUUUGAUCCAAGAAAAUGGUAUUCAAGAGGGUGAAAUUACUGAUAAAGGUGCUUGGAAUUAUUGUCAUAUUUCCAUCAUUCCUUACAAAGAGAGUCCAUUUAAAGAGAUUGUUCCAAUUAAGACGUCCAGCCCUAUUGCCAUGGAAACAGAUGGAGGUGAAGAAGAAGUUAGGCUUGUGGCUGACCCUCUGCUCUUUGGAGUUGAAGAUGAGGAGCCCAUUGGAGGAGACCUCAGCAAGCCACCCUGCCCUCAGCAGUCAGAAGCAGUGAAGGAAUCCUUCAGUGGGGACAGUGGGUCUCUGGCGUCACCUCCAGAAAGGGUUGAGUUUAGAAAAGCCACUAAACCAAAUGCUGGUUCCUCAACAUGCAUGAAGACCUCAAAAUCAAGAAAGACAGCAUUUCAAGCCACCCAGUCUUUACCUCCAGACAUAAAGGAAGAUUUUCUAAUGGAUAAAGAUCCAAGUUGUCUGUCUACUGUUUUGGUUCAGAAGAAUGAACAAAAACUUGAGGAGACUGAGCAAUGCAAGGACCAGAUGCCGGAGAAAGGAUUGUCUUUCCAGCACAAGAUUAAAAAGGCCUUGAUGCCAAAAUCUUCAUGUUCCAGGAAACCAGCAGCGUCUCCAGCUCCUCCACCUGUUGAUUUCGAGGAGGACUUCAUGAUCCUGGAUGAUGAGGCUCCUGUUUUAUUUAUCAUCCCUCGCAAGUCGGGCGUCUGCAGGAAAAAAAGAACUGUCACAGCAGACUCUGCAAAGGAGUGUGUUUCUGCAGAACCACACUCUAUAGAUCAGCUCUCACAGAGUGAAACCGAUACUAAUAAUCAGGAGGGAGCAGAUUCUAAAAGAAGCAAAGCACAAAGCGAUUCUGAUAAUCAAAAACCAAAAGGAAAACAUAGAAAAGCUUCAAAAAAGAACAGCAAAGAACUGGUGACGCAUGAUGGUUUAGAGGACAGACCAGACCCUCUAACCCAAGGAAUAGAGGACGGGUUUUGUGAUCGGAGUCCUUCUCAAACUGUACAGGGAAACAAAGUUGUGGAUUCAACAGGAAAACAAAGUACAAAGAAGAUAUCUGAUCCUGAUGAGCUUUCUGAAAAAGAUGGAACUAAUGCUGGUGGCAGCCAUGAAAUUCCAGUUCCAAUGUCUAGAAAUAAAAAAAAAUCCUCUAGUUCUCAGCCUGACAGGCCAGGGUCGAAAGCAAAAAAGGAAUCCAAAAAAGUCAUUUCUGUAACAGGUCCUCAGACCACAAGCUCAGUGAAAGUCAACAAAAAUGGAAAGAACAGCAACAAUGGGAAAACAAUCACUAAGACAAAGAAGCGGACAUCUAAACAACAGAAAGAACUGGAACAGAAAGAUCCUGCUUGUGAGCAACAAGAUCUUGGUGAAGCUCCACCUGCCCUCAAUGAGCAAGAGGAGGCACAAAGAACAGCUGUAAAUAAACAAUCAGCCAAGCAAGAUGCUUUUAAGAAUCCUGCAAAAAAACAGAAGGGAAAAGAAACAAAAACGGUGGAAUCAAAACCAAAGGAUCCACCAACAAUUGCACUUGACACUUCUUCAGAGAGUGCUGUGACAGCCAAGAGGAUGAGGAAACCUCCAGGAGCAUGGUGGCUUGCUAGCCAAGAUGACAGCACCACAGAGUGUCAAGCAGAGGCAGUUUUGGGUACAGCACAAGGGCCAAACUCCAGUAAGAAAACUAUAACGAAACAAGCAGUUGCAGUUGCAGUUGACUCUAAUGAAAUACAGUCUCUUAGGCCUGCCCAAGGGAAUCAGAAGAAGCCAAAAACUUCAGCCACUCACAGUGCAGUGGAAAAUGUUAAAAAGUUGCUGGCUCAUGGUGAGGGGGAUGAUACUGGAGCUGAGCAGAAAAUGCCUAAGAAAACAGUUCCUCGAAAGAAACGGAAAUCUGCCACCACUCAGCAACAAGUACCGUCACCAACUCCUGUGUCCGGAGAGGAAGUCAAAGAAGACAGACAAGAAGCUUUUCUGAAUGAGAGUGCUGAGCAAGUUAGUCCAGCACUGUGUAGUCCUUACAGACAGCAUAACAUCACACCAGGUGAAAAGAGAGUGUUUGGUAAGGUCUACACACGAUACACUGGAUCAUCACAGAAAAAUCCUUCAUCUGUUAGAAGUCCAGAGAGUUGUGUUCCAGAUGACAUUCCACAGAAAAGGCAAAGGAAAGCCCCUUCCUACAGGUGGGAAUCACCACCAUCUCAGGAAGCAACUGAUGGGCCUCCAUCACCUCACAAUGCCCAUCCACAACAGUCCAAACCACCAAAUUCUCCUAUUAGUGGUGCGUUUAAAAAGGGGGCGAAUUUAGUAAAAUCACAGAAAACAAAGAGUCACAUCAAGAACAUAAAAAGAAACAUAAUCAACACACCAAAGUCAAUCAAAAGAUCUUUAGCUUCAAUGAAUGACAUUUUUGCCUCGGAGAAAGCUGGAAAUAUUAUAAAAACUAGACAAAAACGCAGAAAACAUGGACGCAGAAACCUCCUUCACUCUCUUGAUGAUCAGUCAGAACACUCGAGUGAGAAUAUGGCCCACAGUGAUGAUCAACUGCAGGGAAACAGCCACGCCUCCUUUGGGUUCACUAGUGGUGUUACUGUGGAGCCCUCAGGGACUAGAAACAAAAAGAUUAUCAGAGUAUCCAGUGGACCCAACACGUUAUCUGAUAUUGACACUGGUUUCAGAAGUGGGCCAUCAUCAAUGAUUGAUCUUCAGGGGUAUGAGGAGGAGGAGGAUGAUAUUGAAUUGCCAUCGUCCAGAGUGAUUGUCCAUGUACGACACGGCCCUCGGGUGUUGGCCCAGUGUGAUCUCUGUGGUCCUCCACUGCAACCCAUCAUCUUGGAGGAGGACGACUGGAACAACCUGCAUGCAUGGUUUUCUCACCUGUGGCCCCCAGCCUCUAAAGACGGGCGAGUUGUGAGUCCUGAUGACUUCCACUGGCACUCAUAUGGAGGCCGAGCAAUUGGCCAUGCAGUUGAUCUUCAGAGUAGCUCAUUCUCUCAUGGAAAGAUUCUGCUGGGGUCGUUCAUGAAGAAACCCCCACAGGUGGACCUUGACACUGUUUCUGUAUUCAGCAUUAUUUCAAGUUGUGUGCGCGUUGAUAUUGAUGGCAUCAAGUCAGUCUACAAUUCUGGACAAGUGUUUAUGAUACCCUCUGGACAAGUGUAUACCAUUCAUAACCUCUGUCAAGAGCCUGCUGUGCUGAUCUACCACAGAACCCAGUCAAACAUCUCACCAAGCUGAUUAACAUAAUUGGCCUCUUUAAUUUCUUUGAAAUAGUCAAACUGUAUACAUUUUUUAAAAUAAAAUUGUAGGUGAGUUUUUAAAAAAAAGGGCAUACAAAUGUAGUUUUCUGGCAAAGCUCAUAAAAGCUAGUUGUGUAAAUAGAUUCAAGCAAUUUGUCAAAAUUGAAAGAUUAUAUUUUCAUUUGUAAUGACAUCCGUAAAAGAUUGAUUUUAAAGUGUUAUUUAAAAAGCUUUUCAAAACUGGUCUUGUUAAUAUACAGGUAUAUUUCUGUCUCCUGUGUUUUCCUCAUUGGAAUGCAACUAUUUUGUAAUUUUGAACAAAUUGCUAGGCUGUCAGCAGAUCCUGUAUUAUUUUAUAUUGCUGUAGCUUAUGCCUCAAAUAACGUGGUGUUUUUUUCUAAGGUACAUGUGCAAAAGUAAAGGCUCUCCUUCGGUUUACUAGAAA